GGCAUUUUGCUAUUUUUUUUUUAAUUCUCUUUAAAAUAAAAAAAAAUUCUGUUCAAUGCAUGGACAGUAAAUCCAUGUUUGAUGCUGCCUCCUCUGAGGAGGACGCUCCACUCACUAUGCACUGCUGGUUUGUUUCCUCACUGCCACUUGGCCACUGACCGGGAGGGACACGGUAAGACCUGCUGGCAGUAAUGUGCCCAGGGAACAGAGCGGACAGCAGAGAAACGUCCACUUAAUACAACCUGACAAGCAUCCAGGAUACAUUUUUACAAAACAGGUUGAAGAUGACUAAUUUGACAGCCUCAUCCCACCACCUGUGGACACAAACAGGCCAUGACCAACCAAAGCUCCCCGGCGGCCUUCCUCCUCCUGGGCUUCUCUGAACAUCCAGAGCUAGAAAAGACUCUCUUCGUGGUUGUCUUGACUUCUUACUUGCUGACCUUGGUGGGCAACACGCUCAUCAUCCUGCUGUCCGUGCAGGACCCCAGGCUCCACUCUCCAAUGUACUUUUUCCUCUCCAACCUCUCAUUCUUAGACCUCUGCUUCACAACAAGCUGUGUCCCCCAGAUGCUUGUCAACCUCUGGGGCACCGAGAAGACCAUCAGCUCCCUGGGCUGCUCUGUCCAGCUCUUCACCUUCCUGUCCCUGGGGACCACUGAGUGCGUCCUCCUGACAGUGAUGGCCUUGGACCGCUACGUGGCGGUCUGUCAACCCCUCCACUAUGCCACUGUCGUCCACCCCCGCCUGUGCUGGAAAAUGGCAGCUGUGGCCUGGGUUAUGGGUCUCAUCCAAUCUAUAGUCCAGACACCGCCCACCCUCCACCUACCCUUCUGUCCCCACAGGCAGAUAGAUGACUUCUUAUGUGAAGUCCCAUCCCUAAUUCGACUGUCCUGUGGGGACACCACCUACAAUGAAAUUCAGUUAGCUGUGUCCAGUGUCAUCUUUGUGGUUGUUCCUCUCAGCCUCAUUCUCAUCUCUUAUGGUGCCAUUGCCCGGGCAGUGCUGAAGAUUCACUCUGCUGAAGCAUGGAGAAAGGCUUUAGCAACGUGCUCCUCGCAUCUCACUGUGGUCACCCUCUUCUACAGCUCAGUCAUUGCCGUCUACCUCCAGCCCAGAAACCCCUACGCCCAAGAGAGGGGCAAGUUCUUUGGUCUCUUCUAUGCAGUGGGCACUCCUGUUCUUAACCCUCUCAUAUACACCUUGAGAAACAAGGAGGUAAAGAGGGCACUGAGGAGGAUGCUGGGGAAAGAUGGGGAGUCCAGACAAAGCUGAGAGACAGCUGUUUCACGUGCUUUAAAACUGAGAAGA